GAAACUACUAAAGUUCCUGUAGGAUCAAGUAGGAUUUUGUAAGAACAUAAUGGAUGGAGAGGAGAAAACCUAUGGUGGCUGUGAAGGCCCUGAUGCCAUGUAUGUCAAGUUAAUAUCUUCUGAUGGCCAUGAAUUUAUUGUAAAAAGAGAACAUGCAUUAACAUCAGGAACAAUAAAGGCCAUGUUGAGUGGACCAGGGCAGUUUGCUGAGAAUGAAACCAACGAGGUCAAUUUUAGAGAGAUCCCUUCGCACGUGCUAUCGAAAGUCUGCAUGUAUUUCACCUACAAGGUCCGCUACACUAACAGCUCCACCGAGAUUCCUGAAUUCCCAAUUGCACCUGAAAUUGCACUGGAACUGCUGAUGGCUGCGAACUUCCUAGAUUGUUAAAUAAAAUAAAUUAUAAUAAACUGUUAAUUUUUUUCAGUAUUUAAUACCUGUAGUUCAGUUAGUAAUUUUUUCACAUAUAGCAUGUUGCCUGUAUGAAAUUGAACCCUAAAGUUCAUUGCUGAGCAGAUUCCUUCUGUCAUUUGCAUAACAGAGUUGAAAUUUGUUUGCUACAUCAACAAAUUAAGGGCGUUCAUAAGCCAAGAAAUAAACAAAUAAUGCCAGUUUGUAGGUGGUUUGCUUUCUCCUUUGGAUGUGACCUUUAAAAUUCUAUGUGAUAUAACUGGGUGGUGGUUGGCGGCACAUGCUUUUAAUCCCAGCAAUCUCUGAAUUUAAGUCCAGCCUGGUCUAUAGAGGGAGAUCCAGGACAGGCUAGGAAGCUACAGAGAAACCUUGUCUGGAAAAGAUAAAAUACAUAUCAGCAAAUCCUGGAAUAUAAGCUAAAGUAAGUGAACAUACUCUACAGGUGAAUACAGGGCUAAGUAUUUUUGUUUUCAGUGUUUUAAGUUCUGAUCUUAACAGCCACUGAGCAUUACAAAAGUUAUGCAAAUAAUUACCUGGAAAACAUGUUUAUAACUUAGCCGAACCUUCAUUUUUGUAACUCAAAGAAUAAGAGUUGAAAUUUCUUAUGUGUUUUUUGAUAAACUGCAGUGUUGUUUAA